GUGCAGUUCGGAUACGCUAUGUCAGUACUCUGUAGUUAGAGGUAGAGUCGGUUGUAGGCGUUUAUGUAAAAACGUUUAAGUGGAACUGUGAACUUUGUUUGGUUAAUUUAUUGCCUCUGGUACUAUGAGGAAAACAUUGAUUCUGUUUUUGUCGGUAUGCAUCGUAGUCCAAGGAGAUUACGACUUAUUUACGAGUCCAGCAACGACUUUUUUCCAGGAUUUAGCCGGAUUUCAACUAGAUAACAGAGUAACGGAUCAAAAUGGAGUACAGGCUGAAAGAUUACCCGUUAAUGGGUUCGGAGACGUUAAGAAUAUAAUACCAGAUGAUGCCAGCAGCUACUUAAGGUUCAGUAACCCGCCACCACCUCUAGGAUCUUCGCAAGACCCAGCAACCAGUACAUGUGGUCUGGCACCGCCAUUUUGCGCAAAGUCCCGAUACAGAUCCAUUGAUGGCACAUGUAAUAAUCUACAGAAUCCAAGCUUGGGAGCGCCGCAGACGCCGUACAAUCGACUAUUGCCUUUUAAUUAUGGUGAUGGAAUAAGUCAAUUUCCAAGAGCUGUUGGCGGUGGAGUGCUACCAAAUCCGCGAGAUAUUAGCUUAGCUGCAUUUCCGGACAAACCUUUAGUGGACCCUCUGUGGAACCUGAACGCCCAACAAUGGGGCCAAAUCAUCACACACGAUAUGUCCCUUACGGCUGGUGUGGCUCAAAGUCAUCGCGACCCGCUCGUCUGUUGCGAUGACAACGGGCAGCUUGCGGCAGAUGCAUUCACGAAUCCUCAGUGUGCGCCCAUAUUAAUUCCUCCCCACGAUCUCGUUCAUGCUCAGCAAGGCACACAAUGCAUGAAUUUUGUGAGAACUGGUACGACCAGAGACAGAAAUUGUACGCCGCGCAACGCACCUGCGCAACCUAUAUCCACCGUCACUGCGUACAUGGACCUCUCCUUAGUUUACGGUAGUAGUGAGGGUCAAGCUCGUCCGAUCCGUGCCUUCCAAGGCGGUCGGCUAGUUACGGUUCUGCGGAAUGGCCGUGAAUGGCCACCGCAGGACCCUAACGUCACACAGACUUGCGAGAGCGCGCAAUCGCAAAAUGAACCCUGUUAUUUGACUGGUGACGCAAGAGUAAAUCAAAACCCUCAAUUAACGCUUCUACAAAUUAUAUUACUACGCGAACACAACCGCAUAGCUGAUGCACUGGCGGCCAUGAACCGGUGGUGGAGCGACGAGACGAUAUUCCAAGAAGCAAGGAGGAUCCACAUUGCUGAAAUACAGCAUAUCAACUAUUAUGAAUAUCUACCUAUAUUUCUUGGUUAUGAGAACAUGGUGAAAAACAGGCUUAUUUACCCGGGAGCACAAGACUACGUGAAUGAUUACAACCCACAGGUCAACCCGUCUGUAUUAGAUGAGCACGCCACUGCUGCAUUUAGACAUUUCCACACAUUAAUCCGAGGGUUUUUGCACUUAGUAACAGAAAACAGGGAGUUGGCUGGGUACGCUCGUAUCAGUGACUGGUUCAACAGGCCUCUGUUAUUGGAAGUGGAUGAUAUCUUUGACAAAUUGACGAGAGGUCUGACAACCCAGCCGCAGUCCUACAGCGAUCAAUUUUGGGAUAGCGAAAUGACGCAGUACUUAUUCCGACGAAACAAGACAUAUGGAGGCGACCUUCGCGCAACAGACAUUCAGCGUGGCCGCGAUCACGGACUGGCUAACUACAUCGACACCAGAGCGGCCUGUGGUCUACCUGUUCCAAGAACAUUCAAGGAUAUGACUGACUUUAUAUCAAAACCUAACGUAGACAUUUUGGAGAGCUUGUACAAAGAUCCGAGGGACGUAGAAGUGGUGGUCGCCGGGUCCUUAGAAGAGAAUGUUCGGGGAACCCAGGCUGGUCCUACUUUCCUUUGCAUCCUGACGGAACAGUUCUUCAGAACGAGGGUUGGGGAUAGAUACUUUUAUGAAAACGGAGACCCGGAAACUGCUUUUACGCUAAGUCAACUGAACGCUAUACGCCAAGGUGCAUCUAUGGCCCGUAUUCUGUGCGACAACGCCGAUAACAUCCAUUACAUGCAGCCGAAAGCUUUCCAGCUUGUCUCAGUCGGAAACAAACCAGUUCCGUGCAAUCAUUUGCCAGUCGUUGACCUGAGCUUAUGGCGAGACGGCAGAGGUGGCUAUGGAAGAUAAUCAAAUAAUUUUAAUUUAGUUGUUAAUAAAAUAGUAUUACUUAGAUACAAAACAUUCAGUUAAAAAUUAAAGUACAGAAAUAGAUAAUAACGUUGGUGUCUGCUUUAUUUCAAACAUUCUAUGUUUGAAACAGUGCUUCUUUAUUUCAGAGUAUAAAAUAGUUUAUGUAGGUAGACACUAUUAUUUUAAUUUCUAUUCCUUCAUUCAACCUCAUGAUUUAAAUGUUUUAAUGAAGAUAAUAAGGACAUUUGUAAAUAUUAUAUAUUAUUAUAUUUUAAAAUACAUUGUAAACGUCAGUAGAUGAUUUGUUAUAAUUAAAACUUUUGCAAUAAAAUAAAUAUCAAAGUGACAUCAAAUCCUCAUAUUGCAGUGUAUUCUAUCCCUUUUGUUGAAUAAACAAUUUGCUUGUGCAAUAACAAUUUGUGGUAAAUUAAAAAAUGGGUUAUAUUAUGGUUUAACACUUACCUAAACUGUAUUAAUUUUAUAUUGUAAAUAAAUGUUUGAUGAAAUAA